UAAAUUUUAUUCGAUUUUUUGUUGUCGAAUUAAAUGUGUGUCAAAACGAAUUUCUCUUAAAAAAAAUGACUUCUUGUGUAGUAUUAUGUGAUUAUUGUUAUUGCCAUGGCCGCGUAUAUACAAAAGUUAUACACCAGCGACUUGUGUGGGAGUGGAGGAGCCAGUCGGACGUGUUUUUGCCAGCACACCUUUACUUCCACUUUGCGUGCGUGUGUGUCUGUACACUUUUCCCCCCGACUUUACCGUUGUUAAAAAUGCGUAAUUACGCACGAACGGGUCGUAAAAGUUGACGUUUUUUUGGUGUUUUUUUGUGUGGAAUAUACCUAUUGGAUUAAUUUGGAGCUUUCAUGAUGGAGGACGAUCAGGACGAGGUGUCAAACAAAGACGGAGGUAGAAACGAUUUCCUCCGAGCGUCGUCCUCAGAGAUGUUAGUGCACAGUUUUUCCGCUAUGGACCGUCACGACGGCACCAGCAACGGGACAGCCCGGCUACCUCAGCUGGGCGGCGUGGGUCAGAGUCCCUACACGAGCGCCCCUCCGCUCUCCCACACGCCCAACUCAGACUUCCAGCCCCCGUACUUCCCCCCGCCCUACCAGCCCAUCUACCCGCAGUCUCAGGACCCUUACUCGCACGUCAACGACCCGUACUCCCUCAACUCCUUGCACGCCCAGCAGCAACCGCAGCACCCGGGCUGGCCGGGCCAGAGGCAGGGCCAGGACGGCGGCCUGCUGCACCAGCACCGCAGCCUGCCCCACCAGCUGUGCCGGGACUACCGCAGGGAGGUGCUCCUACCGUCCGGUCACGGCCUUGAUACGGGACUCUCGGACUCGAUCCCAAUCCAUGGAUUACCUCACUCUUUAGAAGAUGUCCAGUCUGUUGAGGAUCAAGGAAUUCACAUUCCCGACCAGACUGUAAUUAAAAAAGGUCCAGUGUCUUUAUCAAAGAACAACAUCUCCGGUAUCCCCAUCAACAAAGACGGACUUUUCGGCGGAGUGGUCAACCCCAACGAGGUGUUCUGCUCGGUACCGGGCCGGUUAUCGUUGCUCAGCUCCACAUCCAAGUACAAGGUGACGGUGGCGGAGGUGCAGCGACGUCUCUCCCCGCCGGAGUGCCUGAACGCCUCUCUGCUGGGUGGCGUGCUUCGGAGGGCCAAGUCGAAGAACGGCGGCCGAUCCUUGCGGGAGAAGUUGGAUAAAAUCGGCUUGAAUUUACCUGCGGGUAGACGCAAGGCGGCCAACGUCACCUUGCUGACGUCACUAGUAGAAGGAGAAGCAGUGCAUCUUGCCAGGGAUUUUGGUUAUGUGUGUGAGACCGAGUUUCCCGCCAAGGCAGUAGCUGAAUAUGUAAACCGUCAACACUCCGACCCAAACGAACAAGUCCAAAGAAAAAACAUGCUAUUGGCUACCAAGCAAGUGUGCAAGGAGUUCACGGACCUGUUGUCCCAGGACCGAUCGCCGUUGGGAAACUCCCGGCCGCAGCCCAUCCUCGAACCGGGCAUCCAGAGCUGCUUGACCCACUUCAGCCUCAUCUCGCACGGUUUCGGCACACCGGCCUUGUGCGCGGCCGUCACGGCCCUGCAGAACUAUCUGACGGAGGCCAUCAAAGCCAUGGACAAAAUGUACCUGAACAACAACCCCAACAGUCACUCAGAUAACGGCACUAAAGGCGACAAAGACGAGAAGCACAGAAAGUGAUACCCCCCCCGCCCCCCAGCACCCACCCCUGCAGCCCCCCACCCCGUCCUUCAUUUCCACAUAAAAAAGGGGCCAAACCCUGGGGGCCCUUUUUUUUUUUUUUUUUUUUUUUCCUGCAGCACCCUGCACUGCACCCUGUCGUCCCGCCUCCUGCAGGGCUCAUCCAAUAUAAAUAUAUAAAUAAUAAACUUCCAUAUCCCCCCCACACAACAUUUUCUGGAUUCGAUGAGGAAAACCUGCACCACUUCAUGAUGAUUAUUAUUAUUAUGAUGAAAAAAAAGGAAAAAAAAAACCCUGCAGGGUGUGGAAACUCAAAGACUUCGAACGCUUUAUCCCGCCUUUUUUUGUGGACCCAUCAUCUCAAUUUUGUGACAAAAAAGGAGGAUUAAUUCUUCUAUCAGUAUUGUGAAUAUAAUAAUAAUAAACUUGAAAUUCCACCCCGUCAUCACUUCUUUCUCCAAGCGACCAACUUGAACUUUUUUUUUUUGUUUGUUUUUUGUUUUUUGUUUGUUUGUUCGAAUUUCAACACGAUUCGCGGUUAUAUAAGGGAAUCAGUGUUCAUGUAUGUAUAUAUUUAUUAUUUAUGUGUAAUUUAAUGGGAAUUGUAAAUAUGGUGCGUCUGUUGGAACUUUUUUUUUGUUUGUUUCGUUUAAUUUAUCUGGUGCCUCCUGUUUUAGUGGGUUUUAAUAUUCGGUUCUAGUUCUUCAUGUGAUUUUAUGGUUCUUAUAGAGAAAGAAAAAAAAAAAGAAGGAAAAAAAAAGCAGAAGUUUUGGGGUAUUUUUUUAUUUCUCUGGGAUAUUUCAAUGCAGCCUUCUUGUAGCAUGUCGAGGCCACAUUGAAGCAAGUGAACAAAUCGAAUAGAAAUAAACUUCCAAUAUUAUAGAAAUCAUCUUUAUUCCGUUUUUUUUCUCCCCAUUUCCCAACUGGUUUUUUAUUUGGUUUCUAUUUUUAUACGUGUUGUGUCAAUCACAAAUUAUUGUUCUCUUCCUGAAGCGCCAUAAAAGCAAUAAAUGGAUUUUUGUCUUUUUUUGGGGAGGGGCGGGGGGGACUACCUUAAUAAUUAAUAUCUUGUUCUGUCCGAUAAUGUCCAAAAAUUGGAGGCGAUUUUAGCUGUAUUGUAUAGACACGUGCUGGCAAUAGUUCCCAUGCCUGUCAAUGUAUUAUAUUCCUUUGUUGCCCAGAAAAAAAAUAAAUAUUUGAUACGCUUCAUCUGCAUUUUUAUACUUUUUUUUAUUUUUUUUUUUAAAUUGAAGUGUACAAAAAAAAAAAGAGAACUAUUUGUAACAUUCCCCCUUUUUUGUCUUUAAAGGUUUGAUUGCGCGUGCAGACACGCAUGCAUCCAUCUUCUACAUUUGACUGCAGCUUUAUUUUUGCAGCAGGGUGUGAAUGAAGAGUGUCUGCUUCGGAGCAGGUGAAGCAGCAUCGAGGCAUUGUUUUGUGUUUUUGUUGGCCGACUCGCAUUAUUGUGUGUGUGGGAUCCUGUCCUCGGGCAAUACAAUAGCUCGCUCACUCAUAAAGAGAGAGAGAGAGAGAGAGAGUGGGAGAGAGAGAGAGAGAGAGGGAGAGACUAGCCGGCUGCUCUUUGCUUUAUAAUAGUCACUUUAAACAACAACCAGACCUAAAAAAACCCAACGCAUUCGUCAUUAAGGUUGUUUAAUACAUUUAUCGUGUGCAGCUUGAGACGAUUGCAUUAGAAAUAAUCAGUUUGCAUUGUUUUAUUAGUAUUGUAUUAGUCAGAGAUGACUUAUUAUUUUCAUGCAUUACAUUUGUUUGGGUUGAGAGCGUUAAAGAAAGUCCUAUUGUUACCAAUAGAUGUGUUUUAAUGUUCAAAUGCAAGCCACGAUUACAAGACUGCAGUAUUAAUUAUUAUAUAAUAAAGCAACUAGAGAAAUUAUUCAGUUUGGAGUUAGUGUUUGUGCAAAAAAAGAAGAAGAUUUAAAAUAAUGAAUAUCUUUCUUAGGUUAUUAAAUUAAGCUAAUCUAGAAUGUGAAUCGUUACAAAUAAAUACAUAGGAAACUGAGAAGAAUGUUUACAAAACAAGUUGUAUUUUUGGAAAAAUCCGAAAAAACAAACUAUUUAAAAAAAUAUUUUCAGGUGAUGCAAUUCACAUUAAAUAACAGCUGCUAACGUAAUACAAAUUAUUCUAAAUAUUCGUAUAAUAGUGCAAAAAAAAAAAAAAAGUAAAUAAGCACAUUAAAAUAGGCUGAGUUUUUAGGUCUAGUUUCAUUCGUCACUUAUAUAAUAAUGACAGUUGAUUAGUGAAAAUGUUUGAGUCAUUUAUGAUAAAUACACCCCAAAAGUAUUCACACGACUAGACUAUAUUUUCUGGAAAAAAACAACAACAGCAACAUUUUAUUUUGAGAAAUUAACAUAACAAUGAUAACAAUUAUAAAAUUGACAAAAAAAUUAUAAUAAAAUUGAAUUUAACAUAACAUUGAUAAAAAGUGAAAUGAUACAACUAUCUGAAAAAUAAUAAAAUAUACAGUAAAUACAAGAUAUGUUAUAUUCCCUGCAACAACAACCACCAUGUAAUAAAUAACUACGUGUAAUUUACAGUUUGUUGUAUUAUUGUAGUACCUGAUUGAAUCUAAAAUAAAAAAAGACAAUUAUU